AUGACUAAAGAUAGAAUAAAAGAUUUACCAAAACCUAUUACAUGGCCUCGUGUUUCUUAUAAAAGAGUUCCACGACAACACCGAAGCCAUGAACCACAAAAUAUUGUCAAUGAUUGCCGUAUUCCCCUUACUACCGUUGAUGCAGACAAAGAACAUAACGUACCUGAAUUUUUAGCUCAAAUUGAUUUACUGCGAUUACUUGUUGCUACGAUUAGAGAAUUUACACAAGAUGUUACAGAAAUUCACAAACGAAUGAUGGAACCUCUAGCUGAUCAUAAGCUUGGACAAGAACUGGAUGAUAAAACUGAAGAUAUAAAAAAAUUAGCAUAUGAAAUUUCAACGAAACUAAAAAAACUAGAACAAGUACAUCAAGAUCAACAUGAUAUUAAAGGAAGUGCUCAAUGGCGUAUAACAGAAUUUCAAAUAUUUACUAUAAUUAGGGAGUUUCGUGAUAUUAUGAAUCAAUAUAAUCAAGAAUAUUGUGCACAUCGAGACCGAUCUGGUAUUAGAAAAACUGAUGAUGAAUUAGAAGAAAUAAUUGAAAAUGGUAUUCAAGGAAGAAAUACACUUUCUAUUGUAGUUGAUGUAAAAAAAAUUAAAGAAACAGCCAUGUUUAUCGAAGAACGUCAUCGUGAAAUACAAAAGCUUGAAAAUUCUAUUAAAGAGUUGCAUGGUAUGUUUGCAGAUUUAGCUUCACUUGUUUCAGCUCAGGGUGAAAUGAUUGAUAAUAUUCAACAAAGCGUAGCGAAAACAGCCGAUUAUACUGGAAAAGCGAAAAUUGAACUUGACGAAGUAGUAGUCAAUGACAGAUGCGAUAGAAAAGCUCAAAAUGGUGAAGACAGCGAUCCAGAUGCUGCCUAUGUUGCCAUUAAUAUGGAAGAUAAUAGUCGAUUUAUGUCCGACUUUUUUGCUCAUAUCGAUUCAUUACGUACAAAUAUUGAUAAAAUAAGUGAACUUGUUGAGGAAGUGAAACGUCUUCAUUCAACAAUAUUAGCUGCACCACAAGCUGAUGAUCGAACGAAAGAAGAACUCGAAGAAAAAAUGGCUGAUAUUAAAAAAAUAGCUAAUGAUGUUCGACUAAAAUUAAAAACUAUGGAAACUGAAUUAGAACAGGAAGGAAAUGAUAAUGCAUUGCGUACAGCCGAUAUGCGCAUACGAAAAACUCAGCAUGCAACAUUAUCACGUAAAUUUAUUGAUGCAAUGAAUGCAUAUCGAAAUGCUGAAAUUGAAUAUCGAGAACGAUGUAAAGCUCGUAUUCAACGACAACUUGAAAUCAGUGAGGAAUAUUGUAGAUAUUGUGUCCUAUUUGUUUUAACACAAAAAUUUCGUGAUGUUAUGAAUGAUUAUAAUCAAGUUCAGUUGGGUUAUCGACAAAAGUGCAAAGAGAGAAUACAGCGACAGCUUGAGAUCACCGGACGAUCUGUAACUGAGGGAGAAGUUGAAGAAAUGCUUGAAUCUGGAAAUCCUGCUGUAUUUACACAAGGCAUUAUGGUUGAAACAGCACAAGCUAAACAAUCGCUUGCUGAUAUUGAAGCACGACAUGGUGAUAUUAUGAAAUUAGAAAAAAAUAUCAGAGAAUUACGUGAUAUGUUUAUUGAUAUGGCUGCACUUGUUCAGACACAAGGUGAAAUGAUUGAUCGCAUUGAAUACAAUGUUGUACAAUCAGAAAAUUUUGUCAAAGCUGCAAGUACAGAUACGAAAAAAGCUGUUAAAUUCCAAAGUGCAGCUAGACGGAAAUUAUUUAUUAUUAUUGGGAUUAUUAUUGCUGUUAUUGUUGUCUUGGCGAUUAUUUUAGCAAUCGUUUUCGGUCGUAAAUAG